AUGAAUAUACCGGGUCUCACACUGGUGAAGCCAGGUGGUGCGCCUAAGAAUGCCCCCAAGGGCCCCCGGAAAGGCCAGCCUACACCAAGCUCGCUUCCUCCUCGACCAAACAUUCCCACAGGUCCCAAGUCUAUGAAAAAGGCCCCUAUUCAACAGCAACAGCAACAGCCCAACCGCUCCCAAUCCCCUCCAAAAACACCCAGCAAAGCAUCCGGAGGCGUCCCAGAUCCAACAAGUCAAUACCUUGCCCAGGCGAACCUUAGUCCGGAACGACUAGCUCAACCACGCCGUAUACUCAUUGUUAUGGACCUUAACGGUACACUUCUCCAUCGUCCAAAUAAGCGCCGUCCCUUCCACUUUGUCGAACGACCCCACGCGACGACAUUUCUCAACUACCUCCUCGAUACCUUCCACGUUGCCAUCUGGUCCUCGGCCCGUCCUGAGAACGUCAACAAGAUGGUCGAGCAACUCCUCACACCCGAGCAGGUCAAGCAAUGCCUUGUUGUCUGGGGUCGCGAUUCUUUUGGUCUCUCCGGAGAAGAUUACAACUCGAAAGUCCAGGUCUACAAGCGCCUGACAACCAUAUGGACCAACCCACGCGUAAUGGCUGCUCAUCCCCAGGCCCAUAAGGGCGGUCUAUGGGAUCAGACUAACACUAUUCUCGUCGACGACUCCUUUGAGAAGGGCCGGAGUGAGCCGUUCAACAUGCUCACAUUGCCUGAAUUCACUGGGCUGGCUAAGGAAACGCCCAAUGUUCUACCUCAGGUGCACGACUACAUCAACGAGCUGGCCCAACAGGCAGAUAUCAGCCGCUUCGUCCGACAGUCACCUUUCAAGCCUGACCCAAACUAUGUAUUGCCAGAGCAGCCUGCCUACUCAACCCUCGAUUAG